AUGCGAAAAGCUGAGGAAGAGCUUGGCCGCCUUCGGCAGAGUGAAUCGUCUUGUCGUACACGACUGCAGUUGGUCGAACGUCACUGCGCACGGGUUACGGAAGAGAGUAAAGAAUUUUCGGAAACAGUGCAACAGCUGGAGCAAAUCAAUCGACAUCUGCGGACCGAACUUACGAAAGCAUUGCAGUCACGACCGAUGGAUGAAACACAACCAAUAAUUAUGCUGAAGCAUCGCAUCGAAAUGCUUGUUGCUCACAACAGGAGAUUACGUGAUAAAAUUGAUGAACUAACGAGCAGCGACAGGAAGCACGUACGCUUGAAAAAAGUUCAAGCACUUAAUGUAAUGCGUGCUUCUGAGAUUGCAGUGGCUGUCUGCAUUGCCGCCUCCACACCGUUUUGCUUGAUCGCCAUCGAAGUGGUCGCUUUUUCAUAG